AUGCAGGCGAAGUCAGACCGUGCUCUGGAGACUGUCGACGUUAAGUACCACGAGAAGCAUGAGUCUGUGCAAUCGACCAUCACCAUGCUGCAUUCCUCGGACUCGACUAAGAAGCACAGUUCCUACAUUUCGACCGUUUCCAUGGAUGGCGCCUCGGUCGAGAGGACCGGUGAGCAUAUUCUCGAAUACAGUGACGCCGAUUGGAAGCCGAGCAAGCAAAUCAAACUCAUCUUGGUCGGACAGAUCUGCGUGGUGUUCGCUAUCAGUCUUGAUAUGACCAUCCUAACCACGACUCUGCCGGCCGUGGCUGUAGCCCUGAACACAAAUGCCACUGGAGCUUUCUGGAUUGCAAGCUCCUACCUUCUGGCCAACGCCGUCGUACAACCUAUUAUGGCCGGUCUAGCCGACAUCUUCGGUCGUCGCUCCAUAACAUUCUCCGCGUUGUGCAUCUUCACACUUGGAUCGAUCAUCUGCUGUGUCGCGAACGACCUCGUGACAAUGCUCGUGGGCCGGACGAUCCAACGCAUCGGCGGAGGCGGCGUCCUCAGUGUCAAUUUGAUCAUCCUCUCCGACCUCAUACCACUACGCGUGCGACCCAAGUACCUCAGCAUCAUGCAAUUGACCGUUAGCAUCGGUUUCAAUAUCGCCCCCAUCAUCGGCGGAGCAUUCGUCAAAGUCACAACCUGGCGAUGGCUGUUCUACAUCAACCUACCAUUUUGCGCUGUUGGUCCGGCUAUCAUCCCCUUCGUCCUCCGCUACAAGCGACCCGAAUCCACAUUCGAGGAGAAGCUCAGCAAGAUCGACUGGAUCGGCUCGUUCGCCUUCAUCUUCGGCAUGACCACCUUCCUGGUCGGUCUCUCCUGGGGCGGAUCACAAUAUCCCUGGAGCAGCGCCGCCACAUUGGUUCCACUCAUCCUCGGCCUCGCCACGGUCUUCUGCACCGGCCUCUACGAGCGAUUCCUCGCUAAGCAGACUUUUCUCCGCCUCGCGCUGUUCAACACCUGGUCCGCCAUCUCCAUCUACUUCCUGACCAUCCUACAGGCUCUCGUCCUCUUCACCGAAGUCUACUUCCUCUGCCUCUACCUCAUGGGCGUGAAGGGCUUCUCUCCUUUCCGAACCGGCGUGUCCUUCCUCGCCUUCGCCUUCAUCAUGAUACCCACCAACGGCAUCGUCGGAGCAGUCAUCGCAAGAGUGGGCAGUUAUCGCUGGGCCAUAUGGUCAGGUUGGGCUAUUAGCACAAUGUCUCUCGGAUCCUUUACUCUCCUCGACGUCAACACACCCGUUCACGCCUGGGUACCUCUCUUCCUUACCGCCGGCCUCGGUCAGGGCAUCCUAUUCCUCGCGCACUCCAUCGCCUCUCAAGCCGCGUGCGAGCAGAAAGACGCCGCGCACGCGAAUUGCAUGUACUCCUUCAUGCGCUCCCUCGGCCUCUGCUUCGGCGUGUCUCUCGGCGGCGCCAUUUUCCAGAACUUGCUCCGCAUGCGACUGAUGGAGAAGCGCCUUCCCACGGAAAUCGCAAAGAAUGCGGAAGCUUUCGCGCACCUGCUGAGCAACAUGAAACCCAGCGCGGAGAAGACGGAGAUCGUCGCGGCAUACGCAUGGACAUUCCGCAUGUUGUUUGCGGUCAUGUGCGGUAUCAGUGCGCUGGGACUGGUGAUUUCGGUGCUUCUCAUCACGGCGAAGUCGCUGGAUCAGGAGAUUGAUUCGGAGCACAGGUUGCGAAGACGAUCCACUAUCGAGCAGGCGGCGGAUGUCGUCAGAGCAAUGUCUAUGGCUCGGGAGAAAGAGACGGCGAGGAGAGAGAAGGAGAUGGCGAAGAAGGAGAAGGACAAGUGGCAUCUUGCUAACAUGUACGGCGGCAUGUGCGGUGGCAUGUGCGGUGGCCUGCACCGUGGCAUGCACGGUGACCUGCACUGCGGCGUGCACGGCUAG